UGAUGAGAUUUGGGUAAAAUGUCGAGAUGGCGAAUAACAUCAUACGGAGAAGUUGGGUGGGCACCAGAAGUUGAUGAAAUAUAGAUAAGAAGUUUUAAAGCUGCAUAUCGCGUCAUCAAGUAUAGAGGAUCAACCUCCAGAUCUGCCUCCAUGCGAGUGAAGCGCCGGCGAGGCCGCGCCCAUCAGCGUGAAACCUCCCUAUACCAAAAUUUAGCCUCUGUACAACCACCUCCUAUCGAGAAAACGAUCGAAGAACGGAUAUCCAUAAUUGCAACGACACCAGAGAAAGAGUUAUGCUCGGUACUGCAAGAGUUAGUAAAGGCCUGUCUAAUACGAAAGAACAUCAAAUACCAGCAUGAUAUUAUCUUCCAUGGUUUGCAGCGACUCCUGGGUGGUCGGCUCCCACGUAUCAACCAGGUUCGGGCUCUUCGACGAAUUGUUUUUCGCUAUGGAGAUACUAUUGUCUCUGCUAAGACUGGUUUUGGGAAGAGCAUCAUCUUCCAUGCUAUCCCAAUCUUUAUUGGCAGAAUUGUCAUCCAGUUGAUUCCUUUAAGCAAGCUUGGGGAGGAGCAGAAGAGAUCGAUUGAACAGUUACCAGAGGCCAGGCCUUGCCUUAUUACAGCGGAGACCAAGCAUACGAAUCCGAAACUGUUACAGGAGAUUGCAGCUGGGUUAUAUACCCAUAUCUUAAUGGGUCCUGAGCAAGCAGCUAGCGAUGAGUUUCGUGAUUUGCUGUUAAACCCUGACGUAAAGAACAAGAUUGGUGUGGUUGCAAUUGACGAGCUCCAUGUUAUGGAGCAAUGGAAGGAAUUCCGGUUGGAAUAUCUCAAGAUCAGGGAAUUACGUCGGUACUUACGUGCUGAUACCAUCUGGUUUGGUUGUUCUGCCACUUUGAACAAGGCCACAGAACAGGCUGUUAUCUAUUAUGGUGGUUUCUAUGAAGAGACACACCAUGAACUGCCACUUAAGAUCAUCCGAGUCUCAAUUGAUCGACCUGAUAUCUCACUUAACAUUUUGCCCAUUGAGAGAGGAAAGAGCAAGGCUUACCAACGGCUAUGGUUUCUAGUUGAUCAUGCAUUAGAGCAUCCAACUAGUAGGACGGAAGACGACCUCCAGCGAAUCCCGAAAACGAUCAUCUUUGUAGAUGGACUUCAAUCGGUAGCCAAUAUCUCUGCAUCCUUAGAGCGGUAUCUCUUUGUUCAAGGGUUUGAACCAGCCAUGGUUCGGGAUGCAGUUGGUGCAUAUACAUCGAAUACCUCACGAUACGACCAGGACUUGCUAUACGAUAAGAUCAGAUCCCCAUGCUCUUCCCUUAGAGUAGUUGUUGCAACUACUGCUCUUGGAAUGGGUAUGGACAUUCCUGAUAUUAUGGUGGUUGCUCAAUGGGGACUUCCAAUCGGCCACGAUCUUGGUGAUAUUUGGCAACGGGUUGGUCGGGCUGUUCGGGUGAAGCAGGCAAUCAAUGGGAUGGCUUUUAUAUUCCUGCCAUACUAUGCGUUCGACUUAAUGGGACAGGAUCCUGUUCAAAUGCCUAGUUCGCGUAAUAAUCAGCCACUGUCUCAGAAGAAAAAGGGCAGGCGGAAUACACUCCGGUUACCUAAUACCACCUAUUCACAAUCGCCAUUAUCGCAAGGCGAUGGAGCUGAGUCUGACUGCUCUCAACAGUCUGAUAAUACCGAAGCCGCUAGUCAAGAGAACUCGCAAUCAACUAUCCCAAAGUCUAAGAAGAGGGGGAAGUCAGAUAGUCUACCUACAUGGACUGUUGAUGAACUCAAGCAUAGGGCAACCCUCCCAAUAACGAUCCGUUCUCUUGCAAACGCGCCAUGCAGACGGCAGGUAUUCCUUGCGGAGUUUAACGAGGACCAAUGCGAGCCAGAUACUAUCCCCAUUCGAGCAGACAAGAAGGUCUGUUACAAUGGGAAGGAGUGUAAUAUAGCAUUGUUCCAGUUGCCACCAAUGCCUGAUAUCCCCCUCAAGUCUACCAAACCUGGCAGGGAGACUAAGGCAGGUAUUGCGCUGAAUCUAUUGGUUGUAUGGUGCCUUGAACAGGUAGAAUCGAUCUUCCCACGAGCGCAGCAAAUGAUUCCAGUUCCAGCUGGGGUGGUCAUUCCUCAAGAAGCGCAGUGGGCUAUUGCUUCUAUGUAUACCUGUGUGAAGAACUCAACAACGGUACCUAUACCGGAUCAGGAGGCAUUGUCAGCCCUCUUUGACAUCGAAAACUGGGAAUAUCAGAACACCCUCCUCGAUCCUUUGCUGGCAUUCCUUGUCCGGAUAGUUCUAGAGGUAUGCUCGAAGCAUAACGCGAUACUAGAGGAACGAAAGUGCAAGAGGAACAUCAAGGCACUGGCCAGAAAGGCUACAGAGGGUACUGCUCAAAACUUAGAGAGUAAUCCUCAAGACUCGAGUAUUAUACCUAAUCCCAGUUUACCUAAAGAGGAAAAGGUUGCUCAAUAUGUCCGCAGUCGUCAAUUAGCAGACGAUAGGGAUGGGCUCCGGGUUAUCAUGCAUAACGAGCUACUUGCUCAGAAGCUUAAUGAGUAUCGGGAAACGUUCAAACCCCGCCAUUGGCCCUCGUUUUCGUCACAGCCGGAGAUAUCGGAAGGGUCGCAGGAAUUAGGAAGCUCGUUUAUCGUAAGAGGGGAGUCAUCGUUCGUAUCACAAUCUAGCGUUAAGUUAGAUUCUGGUACAGAUAAUAAGACUACGAUCUCCUCCGAUAUCAGAGCCCCUAUACCUGUUAACAUCUGGUCGCGCAGCCAAACGACCAAACGAACUACUCACAAUUCUUCAGGUAUACACAAGAGAAGUCGGACGCCGCUUAGGGGAGUAUCUGGAAACCAGGAGAAAGGACAGGUCACCAGACAAGAUAGGCCUAAUACACCUAAACGAGCUGGUCUUCGUUUCUCAUGUACAGUUGACGCCCAAAGGGAGGGAUCUAUGGGAGAAGCGUGGUAAAGAGAACAAGAAGAUUUAGAAGUGUUUUGGUUGGGAGAACUUCGGAUAGCCCUUUUCAGACUAAUAGUAUCCUUUUAUUUCCAGAUUUGUACCAACUUCAAAG